AUAAUGGCUUUAUUUACAUCUUCGGUGGGGUUAACACGAACAAGGACUUAUAUUUUCAAGACAUAAAUCGAUUUGAUCCAGUGAAUUUCACCUGGAUGAAAAUAUUACCAAAGGGCACGCCCCCGUGUGCUAGAAAAAAACAGAUUUGUCAAUUAGUUAAUGACAGGAUAUUUAUAUCCGGCGGUAUUAGUCCGAUUUCUACUGAACUAGUAGAAAGUGUUUUUAAAUGGAUACUUGAUGACCUUCAUGUUUUAGAUCUGAAGCCCAGUCUAAAAGAUAUGUGUAUGGUGAAUGUGUGGGAGAAAAUGAAAGAAAUGAAAAUUGAUAAUUUUAACGACCUACACAUUCCUUUAUCAUUAAAGCAUGAUAUGGCUGCCUUUAAACCUUUGGAAUUAAUGAAAACCUAGAUUGACAUGAUGCAGUCAUAUGAGGACAAUUUCCUGUCCUUUUGUUUUAUAAGAUGACAAAUAUAUCCACAGCCACAUUACACAGCAAAAGUUUAACAUAUUUUAGUAUUAA